AUUGAAUGAGUGAUACAUUUGAGACACAAAUGCCAUUCAAUUAGCCGUUAAUCGCAGUCAAUGUCAACGCAAUCCCAAGACAUGUCUGUGUUGUGCAUCCAUUGAUGAGCUGAUCCGCCGCCCAGUGAUGGACAGUAUCGGCAAGAAGUUGUUGCUAAGCGCUGGCAUCGGAUUGGGUGUCGCCGUGUCUUCAGUGUCGCUGUAUUUACUGCUCAAACCCGAAGACGAGGACAAUGUUGUGGUGAAUGAGAGCGACAAACGAAAGGUCAGACAAAACACACAAUCGAUGGUCUCUAUACGGGUGCCGAAGAAGUGUGUGGGCGCUGUCAUCGGCCGCAGUGGCGAACACAUCAAACAGAUCCAGUCCGAGACCAACACGAAGAUCAACUUCGAUGACAUGAAUGGCGACCAAAACGGCCACAAAGACAGCAGACUUUUGCUGAUUAAAGGCACGCCUGAGAACACAGCGAAGGCUGAGAUCGCUAUCAAUGAGAUUAUAAGACACCAGUCGUUGAUUAAGACCAAGACGUUUGUCGUCGAAACGGUUUCCGUCGGCGCUAUCAUUGGCCGAAACGGCUCUACCAUUAGGAGUCUUUGCGAUACGUCGGGCGCUAAGAUCAAAGUGGACCGCAAGAACUCUAUGGGUCGCAACACUAACGCCAUCACCACUUCUGUGACCAUUAUUGGCACUGAGGAACAGAUUAAAGAAGCGGUUCUUCUCAUCAACCAUGAGAUCAAACAGAAUGACAGCUUUAACCGCAAUAGCAAUACACAGAAACGUUUGACUAAUUAUAAAGUGUUGGCCAUCGAAGGCGAAGGCGAUGAUAACAAUACACUAGAUUUGGACAGUUAUUACGCAAAACUGGAACCAAUUAACGAUCAAUUGAUUGAAGUGUUUGUUUCAUCCAUUAAAAGUCCCGAUAAGUUUUACGUACAGUUGGCCGGUCCGGGCGCUCAAGAGUUGGACCACUUCAUGGAAGAAGUGACCGACUUUUACGAGAAUCAGGACAACCGGAUCUGUUUCAAGCCGUUGUCUGUGAAAGUGGGAGAUGUAAUGGCGGUCCCCUAUCACGCCGAUGAGCACUGGUAUAGAGCGCGUGUGCUGUCACUCGAAGACAGACCCUAUUCUCUGGAGGACUCAAAUGUAGGCAUUUUUUACUUGGAUUACGGCGACGAAGCGCUCGUCAAAUACAGUCAAAUCUGUGACUUAAAGGAUCAGCUCUUGAAACGAUUGCCAUUUCAAGCGAUGGAGUGCUCGUUGAGUGGCAUCCGACCCGUCAAUCACACCAAUUGGUCCGAUGAGGCGAUCGACAAGUUUAAAGAGUUGUCUCAUAUGGCGUUAUGGAAACCUUUGUUUGCGAGAUUGAUUCGUAGGACUAAUGAUGGAAAGACUAAAUAUGUUAUUGAAUUAAUUGACAAUAAGCCAGACUUGGAUAGAAUAGACAAUGGUGUGAAUGGAUCUAAUGAUGAUGAUUGGGACACACCUGCAGUUAAACCACUGAAUAUCAGUCAGGAAUUGAUAGCUCAAGGCUUUGCCAUUCCCUUUGAAGAAGAAUUGAGUGAUUAAACCGUUAAUUAGUUUUAUAUUCUUUUACUAACAUUUGUUUUAUUAACAUUGGAUU